GUGGCCACCAUCGACGACGGGUCCACGAAAUACACAGCAAGGGACCUGUUGCCGAAGGAAUUCUACGGGUUCCGCAUUUUGGCGGUGAAUUCCUGCGGUGAAGGUGCCCCUAGCAAGGUGGUCGACGUGGACACGCUGGAGGAGCCGGAGGACUACGAAGAAGCGGGAUACGACGACGAGUUGAAGGAGUACGACGACGAGAAGAAGGAGGUUUUGGAAGAAGAAGAUAAGAAGACUAGCACCAUGCAAGCAACUGAAGACCAACAACCCGAUGCGGACAUCAAGGAGCCAGGUGGUGACGUCGCCAGCGACAAGGGCAAGCCGAAGACCGAUGAGGAAG